UCUAUUUUACUCACGCGCGAGUAUCACGCCAAAGUAUCGUUCAACAUGAGGGCCUUGAUCUGCCUAGUACUGAUCUCCGCGGCAUUCGCUGCCGAAGAGAAGACGGUUAAGAAGCGUGGCCUGAUCGGUCUGGGUGACUAUGGACUUGGUUAUGGCGGUCUUGGUCUUGAUGGUGGAUAUGGUGGAUAUGGUGGAUAUGGCGGAUAUGGUGGAUAUGGUGGAUAUGGUGGAUACGGUGGAUAUGGUGGAUUAGGAGGUUACGAGGGAGGCCAUAGCGUUGCCAUUGCUGUCAAAGAGAAGGCCGUCGCUGUUCCCGUUGCGGUUCCGCAUCCAGUUCCCGUCGAUCGCCCCUACCCUGUUAAGGUUCCAGUUGAAGUACCCAAGCCAGUUCCAGUUGCUGUUCCGGUGCCAGCGCCGUAUCCCGUGGUCAAGACCCAGACCAUCACGGUUCCCGUAGAGAAACCUGUACCAGUGCACAUCCCUGUUAAGGUGCCAGUGCCCGUGCCUGCCCCGUAUCCCGUCAAGGUCGCUGUUCCCCACCCGGUUCCAGUCCACAUUUCUCACACCGUUCCAGUCGCAGUCCCGCACCCAGUCGUCGUCAAAGAAACAGUUCCCAUCCUUGUUAAGGGAGGUUACUCUCAUUACUAGAUGAAUUUCUCCUCAAAAAAAGUCACAUACACACCAUCCCGCUCCAUAACCCUUUUCCCAGCAGCGCAAAAUCCAUCACGACGAGCGUCUGUUCCAAAUACGCUUCUCUCGUUCGUGUAGUACCUUGAAUUCACGAAAUAAAUCAAUUUUGUAAAUGUUUUCGUAAA